CGGUCCGGUGCGCGUACGCGUCAGCUAGGAGAACAUUGGACAGAAGGCGGCAGGAAGACGGCUGAAGCCCGGUAUCGGUCUGUUCUGAACCCCCGAACACAAAACGAACCGAGAUGUCAGAGGAAAAGCCAAAGGAAGGAGUAAAGACGGAGAAUGACCACAUCAACCUCAAAGUUGCAGGUCAGGAUGGAUCAGUCGUUCAGUUCAAAAUCAAACGACACACACCGCUCAGCAAACUAAUGAAGGCGUACUGCGAACGACAGGGUCUUUCAAUAAGGCAGAUCAGAUUCAGGUUCGAUGGCCAGCCAAUCAAUGAGACGGAUACACCCGCACAGCUGGAGAUGGAAGAUGAAGACACCAUAGAUGUUUUCCAGCAGCAGACUGGCGGGUGCUGCUAAGCCCGACCACCCACCUCACUGACGGCCAUGUUCAAACCAUGCCCUAAACCACCUUCACUGUCUCUCCCUCCCCGUUUGCUCCUGCCAGCUUAUAAUUAUUGUUAUUAUUAAUAUUAUUAUUUUUCUCUUUUGAAAGACAUUCUUUGUCAGCUGCUCGACAUUGCUCGUCAGCUGUUUUAUUUACUCUUUUAGUCAGGACUGAAGUCGAGUGUUUUCAGUCUUUGCGGCUGGCUGGUCAGGACCAUCGUGUCCUUGUCUGGUGCUGCAGAUUGUAAUCGGACCAACGGCUCUCCACAGAAACUGCUGUUGCGGCUCUGCUUCCAGCGCGUCAGAGUGUGGGGCUCUGCAGGUUUUUGUCCAGGGGUCGCAGUCAGUGGGGCGAGUUUUUGAAGGGGAAGCACCGUAUGAACUGAACACCCACCUGCUUGCUAUUUCACUUUUAUUUUGUUUUGUUUUCGUUCAGCAAAUGUAUUUAGGUAUCUUUACAUUUUAGGUGCUUCUGCAUCCUUUUUGUACAUUUCUUUUUUUUUUUUUGCCUCCUGUUUAAAAUUAUAGUUGUUUUUGGGUUUUUUUGUCCUGUAUAGAAAUAUCCAAAUGGGUGUUAGAUUAGUUGUGAGGUUAAGAACAAUACUCCAAAGACAGAACAUCUGCUUCUCUUUAAAUGUAUGUUUCUCUAAUUGCAAGGUUAAAACAGUGUCAUUAGAUCGUUAGUGUACUGCUCCCCGGCUUCUAAUAGAGAACAAUCUGUUGUACAGAUUGCCAUUUGCUCAGGCGAAAUGCUCGAUCAGGGGGUAAAAUAAGUCUAUGCCAUCAAAGUAGGCUUAGUUUUGGCUGUGUCUUGGUAACAAAUGCAUCUUUUUCCUCUUUAUUUUUAUUUUUCGGCUAUUAAACGGACAGCAAUCUGUCCCUGUGAUAAAAGCGG